GUUUUGUUUCAUCUUCUUCCUUUUACUUUAUUUCGUCCAUCGUAAACUCUCUCUCUCUUUUCAAUUCAGCAUCUCUCACUCUAUCUCAGUUGUGUUUUUUUUUUUUUUGGGGGGGGGGGGGAUUUAAGGACUGGACUUUUUUUAUUUUGGUAAAAUUGGUAAAUUGGACUAGUUUUUGUAACUUUCCUAUUGGUGAUUUUGUUAUUAGGCUUUUUCUUUUUUUUUUGGGAGUAUGUUAUUUUUAAUGGUGGCUAAGUGUAACUAUUAAACCAUAUUGCUAAAUUAGUACUUAUAUGUAUAUAGUAAUAACUUUUUAUUUUUAUUUUAGGGGGACAAAGCCAAAGAGUGGCUCCGUAUUUUGGAUUAUGGGUGAUGAAAUAUAACUUGGUUUUCACCCAAUCUAAACACCCUCUCAUCUUUUAGGAAUAAUGAACUACAUUCCAAUCUAAACUCAGUUCUUAUAUGCUCAUAAGAAACUGUCUUUGGUUUAUGCUGUGUCCCUAAUCUACAACCAUGCUUUUGCUUUUGUUCUUCUCUACCUUUCUUAUUCAACCUUCUUUGAGCUCCGUGAUGGACCCUAUCACCUUCUCUUUCCCCACAUUCAAUCCUGAAAGUUGCAGCAAUGGAGAGCUUAUUUGCAUGGGUUCAGCGACUGCAGUCGAUGGAUAUUUGAGCAUUACACCGGAGCCACAACACGGCAAUUUCACUCAGCUAAAAACCAAGGAUUCAACUGAUUCAGGAGAUGGAAUGGCGUUUAUUAUUGCACCAAAUCAUGAUCCGUCGCCACCAGAUAGCCAUGGCUUCUUUCUCGGAAUCCUUGAUCGGUCAACUGAAGGUGUUGUUCGGCAGUUAGCUGUGGAGCUUGACACCUUCAAGAAUGAAUAUGAUUUAGACGGAAACCAUAUUGGCAUUGACACAACAAGCAUGACAAAUCCGAUUGCAGCAAAGAGUCUUGACUACACUGGCAUUGAGCUCAAAAGUGGAAGAGAUAUCAAGGUCAAAAUUGACUAUGACGGUUGGAAAAAAAUGCUUCAAAUUUCAGUUGGAUAUUCUAGGAAACCAUUAGUGACCGUUCUCGAACAAUCAAUAAUCAUGUCUGACACAGUUCCAAGCUCCGUUUUCGUGGGCUUUACGGGUUCUACGGGGCUCGUCUCAGAAAGUCAUAGGGUCAUUGAUUGGGUUUUCACAUCAGUGCCAUUGCCAUCCUCUUCCAUCCACAAUGGGCAUGAAAAGGACAACAAAAUCAAGAAGAUCGUAUUGGUUAGUGUUACAACAUGUUUCAUGGCUUUGUUGGUUAUAGUGACUUGCGUGUUUCUUCCAUCUGUUUUAAGAAAGCUAAGGAAGAAAAAUCAGAGAGAUCUAGAUAUAGAAACUCAAUCUAGGAAUGCAGCAAAUGUCCCUAAGAUGUUUACGUACAAGCAGCUUUCAAAAGCUACUCGCAACUUCAGCAAGGAAAACUUGUUGGGUAAGGGUGGAUUUGGAAGUGUUUACAGAGGUAUUAUCUCGGUUCCUCCAAAAGUCGUAGCUGUCAAGAAGAUUUCGGCAACCUCAAAACAAGGUGAAAGAGAGUAUAUGGCAGAAAUAUGCACCAUAGGACGCAUGCGGCACAAAAAUAUUGUGCAACUACAAGGUUGGUGCCAUGAGGGAGAGAAUCUACUCCUAGUGUAUGAAUUUAUGUCAAAUGGUAGCCUCUGAUGUGUUGACCGUUUCAUAGGAAAGGAGUUUCUUGACUGGGAAACUAGGUACAAAAUAUUGACAGGGUUGGCCUCGGCAUUACUGUACCUGCACGAAGAAUGUGGUAACCCUGUGGUUCAUCGAGACAUUAAGCCCAACAAUGUAAUGUUAGACUCUGAUUUCAAUGCUCAUCUUGGUGAUUUCGGUCUUGCAAGAAUUCUCCAAAAUGAUGCCUCUGUUACAACUAUGCUAGCUGGGACUCCAGGAUAUUUGGCACCAGAAAUAGGCUUCAUAGGAAAGGCUACCCCAGAAUCUGAUGUGUAUAGCUUUGGCAUGGUAGUACUUGAAGUUGUGUGUGGGAAAAGAUCAAAGGAUACCGUGGCUGAAUAUGGUCUAGUAGACUAUGUAUGGAAUUUAUACGGGGAAAAUGGAUUGGUCGAGUGUGUGGACCAAAUGCUCCAAGGCAAAUUUGACGAGGAGCAAGUGAAGAGGACAUUGAUUGUAGGGCUUGCUUGUUUGCAUCCAGAUUCAAUGUUCCGGCCCAAGAUGAGAAGAGUGGUGAAUAUUCUUAUGGACCCAAACGAGCCCCUAAUGAAUUUGCCAGGAAAUCGACCUAGUGGAGUAUAUGUUGUUUUCCCUACUAAUUCUUCUACUUUCCCAACAGCCACUGAUAGCUCUGCAUUGCUUCAAUCAUCUACGGCAUCGCUUAUGAACUCAAAUGAGCCCUUAAUGAAUUCGCCAGGAAAUCGACCUAGUGGAGUAUAUGUAUUUUUCUCUUCUAAUUCUUCUACUUCCACAACAGCCACUGAUGGCUCUGCAUUACUUCAAUCAUCUAUGGCAUCGCUUAUGAACCCAAACGAGCCCUUAAUGAAUUUGCCAGGAAAUCGACCUAGUGGAGAACAUGUAUCGUUCUCUUCUACUUCUUCUACUUCCACAACAACCACGGAUAUCAAUUUUGGCUCAAAAAGUGGCCCUGCAUUGCUUCAAUCAUCUAUGCCAUCGCUAGAUGAGAUUGAGGUCCAAUAUGACUAGUAGUGACAUAAUGUUUUUGUCUUGAUAUGAUUGAUUCUCCCAUGAAACUAUUGAGCUGUACUUGGUAGAAUUUGAAAUUAAAAUGAAUGGCUAAGGAUGGAGCUAGGAUUCCAAA